CAUGUCCAAAAUACUGAAAUGUGCUGGAAACGAAGACAUCAUAACUCUCAGAGCUGAAGACAAUGCGGACACAUUGGCUCUAGUGUUUGAAGCACCAAAUCAGGAAAAAGUGUCUGAUUACGAGAUGAAGUUAAUGGAUCUCGAUGUGGAGCAGCUUGGAAUUCCAGAACAAGAAUAUAGUUGUGUGGUGAAAAUGCCCUCUGCUGAAUUCGCACGCAUCUGUAGAGAUCUCAGCCACAUUGGCGAUGCGGUCGUCAUCUCCUGUGCAAAAGACGGUGUGAAAUUUUCAGCUAAUGGAGAGCUGGGAAAUGGAAACAUCAAGCUGUCGCAGACCAGUAACGUGGAUAAAGAGGAGGAAGCUGUUACAAUAGAGAUGAACGAGCCCGUCCAAUUGACCUUUGCCCUGAGGUACCUGAACUUUUUUACCAAAGCCACCCCCCUGUCCCCUACAGUAACACUCAGCAUGUCUGCAGAUGUUCCUCUGGUUGUGGAGUACAAGAUUGCUGAUAUGGGACACUUAAAAUACUACCUGGCUCCAAAGAUUGAAGACCAGCAAGAAGGCUCUUAAUUGGACUUGAGGGGGAGGUGUGGUCAGCUCCUCGG